AUGUAUGGCGUUUUGGAUAGAUUGCAUGAUUUCCAGUAUUCGGCACUUUAUAGACAAUCGCAUGUGAUCAGAAGUGAACGGUCGCGAAAAUUGUGACCUCUAUUAAUUAAAUACACACAACAGGGAUCGUUGGGUAAUUCGGUACGUGCUUCCACGACUCAACACUGCAUACUGAGGUCGUAUAUACGAUGACGCAAUGAAAUGGACAUUUGUGAUAUGGAAACAUAUAUCGAUCUAGGUAUUUGAUGCAUUUCAUUUGUGAUAAAUCCCCAAGCAGAGUUGCAACAACACCUCUAUGAUCUAAGGCUCGAACGCGUCAUCCAAGAACGACUGAAGAUGGAGAGUGCAACUGUUGGGAGAAUAGCAUUGUUUAAGAUGAAUGGAUAACAAGCAUAGAUGUAGGUAUAUGAAUCACCGAAUACUGAAUAGAUUUAACAAGUAUGUGUAUAGCCGUAAUGCUUUGUAUGGUCAAUUGACAGAGCUUUACCAGGUAAAGUUUGGACAAUGCUUGUGUAAACAAAACGUUAAGUGCAUAGCGUAUACAUACACACUUUGAGAGACCAGUUUAACACAUCCAUGCGGACCGAUAGGGUGGUUACGAAAACGCCCUGAAUUUUGUGACACACUUGGUUAAUUCAUUCUGCACGUGUUUCUCUAUGAGUGUACCAGGAGUUGAAACGCUUGGACGAACAUGUAACGAAAAGGAACCGUUUUUUGCAGUCGUACACUUGAAUUAACCGGAAGAAGCUGACGCUUUCUUCAAUCCGUUGUGCAGCACAGAAUUGACGUACUUUGAGAGACGUUGGACACAGGAACAAUUUCAACAUGAGUGAACCAGCGCGUACGUUUCAUUGGGCGGACUACCUGGUGUUCGCCUCCAUCCUUGUAAUCUCAGGUAUUAUAGGAUGUGUAGCAGGACGCGGUCAGGACAGUGCAGAAGACUUUACACUUGCUGGAAGAGGCAUGGGGCUGCUACCAGUGGCGCUAUCUAUUGUAGGAUCAUUAGCUGCUGUUUACGUGUUGGGAAUCCCAGCUGAGAUGUAUCUAGAUGGUGUUCAACAAUGGCACAUCUUUAUCCUGCCCCUCUUCGUUGCCGUCUUCGUGACAGCGCUGCUCUUUGUACCACUUUUCUACCCCCUCAAAAUUGCCAGUAUUUACGAGUAUUUGGAGCUGAGGUAUAAAUCAAAAGUUCCCAAGAUUACGUCAACACUUUUGUUCAUCCUUGCACUGAUCAUGAAUAUGGGUGUGUCACUCUUUACUCCGUCGACAGCGUUGGAAUCUGUGACUGGCUUCCCAACAUGGGCUUCCAUUUUGGCCUGUUCUGGUAUCGCCAUUUUCUACACUACUACCGGUGGUCUUAAAGCAGUUAUCUGGACUGAUGCCUUCCAAGCGUUAUUCACAAUGGCCGGUCUGCUGGCAGUGGCAAUUCAGGGAACAAUCGCCGUUGGAGGGUUUGCUGAGGUGUUUGAAAUAUCUGACAGAGGAGGAAGACUCAACUUCUUUGUGAUGGACCCCGAUCCAAGUACCAGAGUAACUUUCUGGGGUUGUUUCAUCGGAGGAAUAUUCGGAUGGUUAGGUUACUAUGGUAUUAAUCAGCCAACCUAUCAACGUUACGCGUCAUUGCCAAAUCAAAGGAAGGCGAAAUUGUCUGUGUUCUUGAACAUUCCUGGAAUCGCUCUGCUGAUGACGGUCACCUGUUAUUGCGGUCUGGUCAUCUACGCUUACUACGAUAAGAAGGGGUGCGAUCCCGUCAUGAAUGGGGAACUGGCUAACCCCAAUCAGAUUGCUCCAUACUUCGUCAUGGAAGUACUGAAUUAUCCUGGGAUACCCGGACUCUUCGUGGCUACACUUUUUAGUGGAACUCUGAGUACAUGUGCUGCAUCACUUGCUGGUAUUUCCUCUGUUGUCUGGGAGGACCUCCUCAAGUGGAAAUAUGGUCAUAUCUCUAACACUAAGCAAGUCUGGGUUAACAGGGGACUUGUGCUGAUCUUUGGUAUAUUGGGAACAGGAUUUGCUGUUUUGGUCACAUUCCUCGAGGGAACAGUCUUACAGUUCGCCUUCAGUUUCACUGGAGCUAUCACCGGACCUGUCCUUGGAAUGUACUUGUUGGGGGCUAUAUUUCCAUGUGCUACGGGAAUUGGCGCAUCAGUGGGCGCAUUUGUAGCCCUUGGCGUCCUUAUCUGGAUCAACGUUGGCCAGUAUUCCCUCAACACAAAUCUAUCCUUCAAACCGACUAGAAUCGACAUGUGCCCAGUAGCAAACAUCACAACGAACAUGACCGAGUUGCUCACAACAACACAGAUGAUGACGACACAGAACAUAACAACGCCAAUGAUGGAACCAGAGUAUAAUCCCCUAGAGAAGUGGUAUGGGUUGUCUUACCUGUGGUACCCUAUGCUGGGAACUGCUGUUACUAUGGUUGUAGGCCUUCUAUUUAGCUGCGUUGCAGGUGUCCAGCGAACAGAAAACGUUGAGCCCCGCUAUAUGAUGCCUGUUGCGAACAUCUGCUGUUGUUGUCUUCCUAAAUCUACACAGGAUUGUCUCCAGUGUGGGAUGGAUCACGAUGAGGAGGCCAUGGAUGCUGACGUGCUUGACGAAAAGAGGGUUUCAACGAUCAGUGGAGGAGACUACGUCAAUGGAGGCAUGGACAAUAUGGGAAUGGAAAUGGAUAAGACUAAACUUUAAUACAUAUAUUAUGAAAACAUGUGCUUUAUAUAGGCAUGGUGUAUGUGUCUAAAAGACGUUAACAUUUAUAAAAACUUCAAAAGGUCAUAUCACCCUGUGAAAAUGUACAGAGAAAGGUCAACUUACGGAGAUCUAGCGAGAACGAGGCUUGGAUCGUUCUGAUUGUAGGAUGAAGAUCUGUCACAUUCCAUUAUUGCGUUCGAAUUGCAGAUGUGAUGAUCCAAUGAUCACUUAGUUUAGACAGAAAAUCGUUUAUAGUACUAACUUCUAGGAUCUUGUGAUGUUAAUUGAAGUUAAUAUUGCAAUUAUGAUAUGAGGACCAAAUAUCUGAUAAGAAGUGAUAACUUUACAUACCCGAUAACAUGCUCAAUUGAAGUUUAGGUCCGAUGCGUUUACAAAAAGUGACAUGUAUAUAAUGUUUUUUAAAAUCAAAAGUAUUUUGAUAUACCUGAUAGCAGUUCAUUCAGUGUGUUUCAAGGACGAUUAUCUACGAUUGCACUGAACGAAGUGCUGUUUUUGUAUGUGAGCACCGUGGAGGGAGUUUGACAACAAAAACUAGUCUAGUCCUGUAAAUAUUGAUUCUUCUUUAUUUUAGAAUAGAAUGUAUAUUAAUUUCUUACACUUUAUACCUCAAAAUAAGACGACGCGUCUGUUUUACAAAACGUUUAUUAUCAUCAUAUUAACUUUAAAAUUUCUCUUACCAUUAUGAAACAAAUUGCAUGUAUCCAUUCUCCGAGGAAUUUUGUUUGUUUGUCGCAUGAAUAAAGCAUCUAGAAUUUAAAGAGAAAGUACGAUCACACCGAACGAAGUGUUUGGCGAUUACAAUGUAUCGUGAUUCUUGGCCAUAGUACCCAACUAGGAGUCACAUAUAAGGAAACAAAAUUGGAAUUUGUUUAUAUUUCGAUUCGAUUCUUCUUUCGCCAUUCAUUGUUAUUUUAAUAAUAGUUCCUCAUCAAACUAUAUGUUUCCGAAGAGAAAGGUGGAAUUUUUAUUAUCAUAUUGAGUGCUUGACAUUUUACAUACUUUUGCUGUAUUAUAGAACUAGAUUUUAUAGGGAUAUUUUUAAAAAUAUAUUAUAUAACAUAGAGAGAA